UCUUUCUUUUACCUGAAUAUCUCACUAUCUUACAUUUAUGCCCCUUUGCGUUCCUAUUUCCUCUGUCUUUCCGAAAUUAUGGGUCGCAAAUUUAUGUUGUUCUGUGAAGAGAGUGAUUUAGUUGGGUGUUGAGGCAGUGAAGUGAAGGGGAGGAAGAUGAACCCUUUUAGGCUCAACGUUGAAGAGAGUGUUGAGCUUUUGCGCCAUGCUGCUUUCGAUAAGGCUGUUCUUUUCUGUUUGGUUCCUCUGUUUUUUGUAGGUUGGGUUUUUUCUUUCUCUAAUUGGAUUCCGCUAGCUAUUGCGGUGUGGGCGACUUUACAGUAUGGGAGUUUCCAACGUCAGCUACUAGUAGAAGAAUUGAACAAAAAAUGGAAGCAAAUUGUAUUGGACACCUCUCCCACUACACCACUGGAGCAUUGUGAAUGGUUGAAUAAGCUGUUGACCCAAAUUUGGCCUAAUCACAUCAACCAAAAACUUUCAUUGAAGUUCUCUACUAUUGUUGAGAAACGAUUAAAGCACCGGAGGUCAAGACUUAUUGAAAGAGUAGAACUAUUGGAGUUUUCUCUAGGUUCAUGUCCCCCUGGCUUGGGUCUUCGUGGGACACAAUGGUCAACAUCUGGUAAUCAGAGAAUCAUGCGUUUGGGUUUUGAUUGGGACACAAAUGAAAUGAGUAUCAUGUUACUUGCCAAAUUGGGCAUGCCAUUUACUGGAACUUGCCGGAUUGUUAUCAACAGCAUUCACUUAAAGGGUGAUGUAUGUGAACUUCUCUUGAGACCAAUCUUGGAUGGGAGAGCGAUUCUGUAUUCAUUUGUUUAUACUCCAGAAGUAAGAAUAGGAGUUGCUUUUGGAAGUGGUGGAAGCCAGUCGUUGCCUGCAACAGAGCUACCUGGUGUAUCUUCCUGGCUGGUUAAACUUCUAACGGACUUUAUAGUAAGAACAAUGGUCGAACCUCGACGCCGCUGUUUCCCCUUGCCAGCAGUCGACCUCGGUAAAAAGGCUGUGAGUGGUACAAUAUAUGUGACAGUCAUCUCAGCCACUAAGCUUUCCAGGAACAGCUUGAGAGGAAACUCUUCCAGAAAGUCACUGAGUACCUAUAUGAACAGUCCACCAGAAGAAACCUUAACUGAUAAGGAAGACUUACAGACAUUUGUGGAGGUAGAAAUUGAUGAGCUAAGUAGGAGAACUACAGUAAGAUCAGGCUCCAGCCCUGUAUGGAAUUCAACAUUCAAUAUGAUCUUACAUGAAGAUACAGGAACUCUUCGGUUCAAUCUUUAUGAGUCUAACCCAAGCCAUGUGAAGUAUGACUAUCUAGCCAGUUGUGAAGUAAAGAUGAAGUACGCUGCUGAUGAUUCCACAACAUUUUGGGCUAUAGGAUCUGACUCUGAAGUAAUAGCAAAGCACUCUGAGUUUUGUGGAAAAGAGGUUCAAAUGGUUGUCCCAUUUGAAGGCAUCGAUUGUGGGGAGUUAACUCUGAGACUUAUAGUUAAAGAGUGGCAAUUUUCUGAUGGUUCACAUAGCUCGCAUAAUUUCCUUACAUCUCAACAAUCGGUUAAUGGGUCCUCGAACUUUCGUACAAGAACUGGAAGGAAGAUUGGCAUUACCAUUGUAGAAGGAAAAGAUCUUAGUUUGAAGGAUAAAUCAGGGAAAUGUGAGACAUAUGUAAAACUGGAAUAUGGGAAGACUUCCUUUCAGGCUCUCCGGAAAACAAGAACUGCUAUGUCUUUGAAUCCUAAUUGGAAUCAAAAGUUUGAGUUUGAUGAGAUUGGAGGUGGUGAAUACCUGAAGAUCAAAUGCUUUGGUGUGGAUAUAUUCGGAGAUGAAAAUAUGGGUACUGCACGAGUAAAUCUGGAAGGAGUUCAUGAAGGAAUAGCCAGGGAUGUAUGGAUCCCCCUAGAAAAAGUAAAUUCUGGAGAACUAAGGCUUCUGAUAGAGGCAGUCAAGUUGGAUGACUAUGAAGGAUCGAGGGGUUCAAACACCAUCUCCAGUAAUGGUUGGAUUGAACUUGGUAUCAUAGAAGCUAAAGACUUGGUUGCUGCUGAUAUUGGAGGAACAAGCGAUCCUUAUGUGAGAGUGCAAUAUGGAAUCUUGAAGAAACGAACUAAGGUUAUUUUCAAAACUUUAAAUCCUCAUUGGAAUCAGACCUUAGAGUUCCCUGAUGAUGGAAGUCCUUUGCUGUUGCAUGUGAAAGACCACAACGCUUUACUACCCACAUCGAGCAUUGGCGACUGUGUUGUUGAGUAUCAAAGAUUGCCUCCAAACCAAAUGGCUGACAAAUGGAUACCUCUUCAAGGGGUGAAAAGGGGGGAGAUCCAUAUCCAAAUCACAAGAAAAGUCCCUGAUCUAGAGAAAGACAAAAGAUGCAGUUUAGAUUCCGAAUCAUCUUUUACCAAGGCACAUCAAGUUUCAAGUCAGAUGAAGCAAACAAUCAGCAAGUUUCAGACUUUGAUCGAGGAUGUUAAUCUCGACGAGGUUUCGGCGUGCUUGAGCGAACUAGAGAGCCUGGAGGAAGUGCAAGAGGAAUACAUACAACAGCUUGAAACAGAACAAAGGCUUCUGAUAAAUAAGAUGAAGGAGCUUGGCCAGGAAAUUCUUAAUUCUUAUUCACUUAGUAGGAGAUGUUCUUGAGUGUUCUUCAGAUACGUACAUACAUAGCUCUGUAAGAUUCAUGAGAUUUUAAAGUUAAUGCCUUUCCAUCACACUAAGCUUAUUGUAACUUAUAAAAUGUACAGUUCUUUC